UAUAUGUAAAUAGAUUAAUGAAUUGAUUAAUCUCAUUAAACUUUGCUCUUUUUAUAAUUAAAAACUGCUUCGGUUAUCUCCAUUCGACGUCUCGUCCGCAUCGAACUUUGCCAGUCGCAAACAUGCAGCCUUCUUGGAUGCUUCUGGUGAUCAUUGCCAUGGCAACGGCAAAUCCAAUCACCGUAACUUCAAAAAAUAUCAGCAAGGGCGACAAAAAUCUUUUCGUGCAAAAGUUUUUCAAGGCGACGUUCUUUCAAGCAGCUAUGUUCUGCGCCAAUAUCGGUAUGGAAUUGGUCAGCUGCAACAACCAAAGAGAAUUCGACGAGGUGAACGAGUACCUCAUCAAAACUGUUCCACGAGAUGAGUUGAUCGAGUACUGGUCGGCCGGAGUUAAGAUCGAACCGAUGAAGUUUGGUUGGAUGAACACAGGUUUACCGGUUGAUUUGCCUGGAAUGUGGGGACCCGGAGAGCCCAACAAUAUUGGAAACGAAGAAUGCUUGGAGUUCAGUGUUAAGGGCAAAACUGGAAGAUUGUAUAUGAACGAUGCCAAUUGCUCUGUUCGCAAUUAUUUCAUCUGUCAGAAUAAAGUGUAGGAAACAUUACAUAAAGAAAAGAAGAUAGAAUAUGUAAGUGUCAUAAAAGAAGCGUUACUCACGUAUGUUGUUUUCAUGAAGACUUGUUAAUACUUUUCUAUUUGUAAACAAGAUAAUUCACGAUGCAACAACGCGCAUUUACAAACUAUGAAUGAGUUUAUAUUGAAUUUAAACAUUAAGUAAACUGCACAUCAUAAAAAUAUGCAACAACAUUGCUUUAUUUCUAAGUUGUUUGGAUACAAAAUAGUAACGUUUCUUUUAUGACAAGUAAAUAAGAUACCUUUCAAGAUAAUGUAAUAUUUGAUUUUUUUUUCACUUCUCUCUUAAAAUAAUAAUAAAAUAAUA